AUGAGUUGGACGAAAGUAUCAGAGCGCCGCUGGGAGCGUCCUGUCACCGGAAUGGAGGGAUAUUUUGUCUAUACGGGAGCGAUGUCAGCUGCUCUCUACGAUGGCCGCCACCAGUACACCAUCUUCUCUAAGCUGAAGGUUGAUCUCGAUAUCAACCCAGCUGACAUCGAAUCUGCGUUGAAGCACGCCUGGAAGCAAUUACGCUCUGAGCAGCCCCAGAUCGCUACCACAGUUGAUGGCACGACGAUGGUCUAUGAGGUUCCCGAUGAGGCAGCUGUGCAGGAGUGGCUGGCCUCAACCUUUGUUGUCUCGUCUGCUGCAGAUGCAGAGCAGUUAUACCGCAACGUUGAGCCGAUCAAGCAGGUUACACUGUACUAUAUUCCGAAGUCAUCGGAGCUUGUAUUGCGUGCUCAGCAUUACACAAUUGAUGGGAUCGGUACACUGCUGCUCUGGGACCGCUAUCUGACAGCCUUGACAACUCCUGUCAAGGCCACAUUCGGUGACGAGCAUACCCGGUUGGCACCUUCCAUUGAGGAAGUGCUCAAAGUAUCCGAGCCGACGCCAGAAGAGACUGAGAAAGCCACGGCUCUCCUCAUGCGCUAUGCGACCAAAGUUCCGGGCAUUGGCCCGGUGUCUAAAGUUGGCACCGUACCCGCCGGCCGGUCCCAGAAUGCCGAAAUGACAUUCCCCACGCGGACGACGGAAGCAAUUAUCAAGACAUGCAAAGAGAAAGGCAUCAGCGUUACCUCGGCCGUACACGCAGCGUACAUCCAGGCGAUUAUCAAACAUGCUAAUCCCAGUGGCACUUUAUCCCGCUAUGCAAACUUAGGGCUGUUCAACCUGCGACCAUAUCUACCAAAACCCUAUAGCACGAAUGAGUACGCGGCCUCGGUCUACUACACACCUCUUCCGUUAGACAUGGAUCUGCCUUCGCAAUUCUGGGAGACAGCUCACGCACUGGAUAAUUACUAUCGUACCACUGUUAAGAAUGACCCUGAGAUCCUGCCCCUGCACGCACACAUGACACGCGUUCUCUGCCAAGCUACCCAGAUGCCUGAGUACCAGGGAGGGCCCAUUCCCGGAGAUGCCCAGGUCAGCAGCCUGGGAGUCGCCGAGCGGUAUAUACAACACACGUAUGGCAGCACGGUCAGGGUUCUGGACGUGAAGCUCGGCGUCGAUAUUGUUCUCGGCAUGACCAUGCUUUUCAUAUACACAUUCCGCGACCAGCUACAUCUCGUUUACAGCUUCAACGAUGGGUAUGAGGAGCCAGCACACAUUAGUAUGUACCUAGAGGAGGUGCAGAAAGUUUUGAUCGAGGAAUUGUUGGCGUGA